CGGGUUUCCUGCUGCUGGCGGAGGCCGAGGGAGAAGGUGGCGGUGGAGGCGGUGGACCGAGAGAAAGUGCCGAGGAACCGGAGAAGAGAGGCGGCUGCUGCCCUCCCCCCGUCCCCGGAGUGAGUCCAGCGCCGCCGCCUCCACCACCUCCUCCUUCAGCGUCUCUGCCCCCUUCCCUCCCCCGGCCACCUACCUCCCCCAGCAGCCGGGACAAUAGAGCAGGGAGAUGUCCUCCUCCGGCGGCCACCAGCACAGCCAGAGCCGGGCCAUCCCCACCAGGACGGUGCCCAUCAGCGACGCCACGCAGCUACCUCAUGACUAUUGCACCACGCCCGGGGGGACCCUGUUUUCUACCACUCCUGGAGGUACCCGAAUCAUCUACGACCGUAAGUUUCUGUUAGAUCGCCGCAAUUCCCCCAUGGCUCAGACCCCACCAUGCCAUCUCCCAAAUAUUCCAGGAGUCACCAGUCCUGGUACCAUGGUCGAGGAUUCCAAAGUGGAAAUAAACAAUCUGAACAAUCAUGACAGGAAGAAUGCAAUGGGGGAUGAUGCUCAGUUUGAGAUGGACAUCUGAUUACCCCAGAGUGUAACCAUGGAGAGGCAGCAAUUCCUGAUACCUGUGCAUACUCGAUUCUGCUAAUCGGAUCAGUAACUGAAAGGUGGAAGAGGCGGCGGUAGCAGCAGUCUCCAUCAGACUCCCCACCUCAUCUUCAAAGUGCCAAAGGAUAAGAAUCUAGCUCCCCAAUCCUGCUCUUCUCCCCCCCCCCUCCUUUUUAACUCCCAUCUCCCUGCUCUGUGACUGAAUGGAUGCCCUUGUCAAAUUAUACAGAGCUGAGGAACACUCCGAGUGGAACCUUAGCAUCUCGCACUUUAGAGGCACCCUGUCAAACCAUACACAAGCGAGAACGUACCUCCAUCACCAAUUGGAUAUUUAUUGCAAACAGCAAAGGGGCCAGGGACUGGUGGAUUUAUGCUAAGUGGAGAUGGCUUUUUCUGUGUUCCCCUCCCUUCAGCCUGAUCCCAGCUCACAAAGGGCUUAUGUUUGCACAGCAAGUAACCAGUUGUAAUAUGGUAUCUCAAAUACUUUUGAUCACUCGCAUUUUAGAAACUACAAGGAAUAGUGGGAGAACGGGUAAGAGUCUCUGCUCAGUCUGAGUUCCUUUUCCUCAGUGGGCAGAGCACUCACUUGAGUAACUCUGGGGGAACCUGGGUACUAGUCCCACUUGUGACCUUUCUCCAUGACUCUGUGUGCCCUGCAAUGUAACAUGUUCUCUCUUCUGGAGACGCAUAACCUUAAUUCAUUUGCUCUUGUACCUCCUUGCUUUCCAUCCCGCUGACAAACUUUUUGAUAAUACUUCUUAAUGUUAUGUGUAUUUAAUGGAAGCUGUCAGUUCAUUAUACUGCUGAUUCCUCUUCCUUUCUUUCCAUCCCAAAGGAAUGUCACCCAAAACUUCUCACUUUCAGAAACUUAACCCUUUAUUCCCUGAGUACUUUAAAUGCUAAAUCAAAUGCUAAAUCAAAACUUUUUUUUUUCUGGGAUAUGGGGGAGGGGUAUCUUAUAUUAUCCUCAGGACUUCCUCCAUUUUUGCCCUUUUGCCCUUGUUAGUUUCUCCUGAUUUCUUUGCUGGUCCACAUAGACUGUUAUAUUGAAGGUACUACAGUAAUGGUUAAUUUCCAACAUCCCCCAUCUCUCUUGCAUUAGGGGGAGUGUUUUUCCCCACUAACAGUUUUAAUGAAUACACUUAUUAAAUGUUUAUAGUUUCAAUUUUAAGACCUCCCAUCAGAAGGGAAAAAGCGAAUGUCAACAAGCACUCUCUGAGGAACAGUGGGCCUGCUUCUCAUCUUACACCAUCCUUCCAUUCAUAGUUCACUGUGCUCCUUUCAAUCACUGGCUCCAUUACUUUUCCUCCAAGAUCCUUUGUUGUUAACUUUUAUGUUCACUGCUGGGGUGUAUAUUGGCUGACUUGUAAAAUUGAACAUUCGCCUGCAUGGGUCAUUUUUGGUUCCACACUGUCCAGUUUUGCUACAGUCCAUAUCUUGCCAAAGGGAUUAGCUGGACUAGUGUGGAUUUUGACAAGAGUGUAGUGCUUCUGGCCAAUUCCUGUCUGGCCUUGCCACUUGAAAGUUCUUGAUGGGUUUGAUUUAGUUGCUGAGGGCAUCACUCAAACUGUAGCUGGACUUGUUUCCCAUUGCCCCGCUUGCUGGGAGACUGCGUAUCUGACAUGUGAGUCAGAAAUUUACACAGCUCAGUUAUAAAUUGGAAAAGACCGUUUUCUCUUUUGGUAUGCAAAAGGGACACUUUCCUGGUAAAAUACUACUUUGGGGAAGGAAGAUUUCCUCAAAAACUCAUUUUCCCCCUCUUCCCUUCAAAAUGUGAAUAACACAGGAACAAAAGCUCUUUGUAAUGUUUGAUCUCUCAGGAAUAAACUCUUUAGUGUAUCUGGGAAAUGCAGGGUCUCCUUAAAGCUUGGUGAUGGCCAGAAACGUGACUAAAACUACACCUCUAUGUCCUGUAUUUAUUCUCUGGCAUUAUUCCACCUAUGUUUAGUAUGAAGGAUGCUAUAGAAAGCUCAGUUGUACUUUGUGUCUCCCAGAUCCAAUUUGUUCAGUUCAGAUAUUCCUAAAGUGCACUACAAGUUCUGCCUCAUGUUGGAAACUGUUUGCCUUUUUUUUUUCCAUUCUGCUUCAUGCAUCAUCACUAACAAUAGUUGCUGGAAUUUAGCAGGUAGUUUUGUUAAUAAGGCAGAACAGAAUCCAGAUUUGCUCUGUAGUGCUGAUAAUAGUAAAAACUUGGGUUUGUCAGUGAACUAAGCAGAGUUGAUUUGGGAGAAACAGGAAGAAAAAAUGGGCAGUGACGAGGUAUCAUUAGUCACUUUUCUCCUCAUAGUGAUACAUUUUGUUUUGUUCGUAACUUCUCAGCUUUUCAAAGCACUGCAUAGGCGUUCAGCUAUUUAACUCUUUUAUUAUAAGAAUUGUGCUGCUAAAAUCCUGUUGCAACACUGAAAAUGUAUCCCUAAGUGUACAGUGCAGCAAGAGCUUCCAUUAUGCAACAAUCCUCUUAGCUGUCAGCUGGAGAAAUCAUUCUGACUUUUGUCAACUUGAGAUGUAUUUUUUUUUUAAAGUACCCAAGGUAAGAAACAAGCAUCCAGAGAGGAAAGGAUGGUCUGGUAGUUGAGGCAUUGGAGUAGGAUUAGGAAAAUCUGGGGUUUGUUUCUGGCAAUGCCACGGUAUUCCUGUGUGACCUUGAGCAAAUGACUUAGUCUCUCUGUGCUUUAGUUUCCCAUCUGUAAAAUAGGGAUAACAGCAUUUCCCCAUGUCACAACGGUGUUGUGAGGAUAAAUUCAUUAGUAUUUGAGAGACUGUCAGAUACAAUGGAAAUAGAGGUUAUAGGAAAGCAUAAAAAUAUAUUGUUUUUAAAAAGCACAGGAGGAUGUCAUGAAAGUGGAGAUUGUGUUAAAAGCAACAGCAUUUUGUGCAGUGUUAGGUCCCCUACUGACUUGUGCUUUAUCUCUUCCUCCCCUUCCCCCCCAACUUCCCUGGACAUGCUGUGGUGCCAUGAAAAAUGGUGACUGAAUAAAAAUAGUGCACUCAACAAACUCUCACUUUGCUAGACAGUUGGAUAAAGAGUUUUCACCUAUUUUGGUCAGUGCAGUCCCGGUAACCUUAAUGCCCUGUAAGAAGCGAUUCCACACAGUCAUACUCCCACACUCACACUUUCAGUUUGAAUUUAGAUUUUGAUUAAAAUCUGCAUUUCUGUGCCUCCUGCUGCUUAACGCUCUCUUAGGUGAUCAAUUGCAUCUGCAGUGUGGGAUGGAACCUAACGUACCUUCCACCUUGGUGUCAUCCUAGUUGAACAAUCAAAAUCUGAAUUCAGUCGUUUGCCAUUUAAAAUUACACCAUUAGCUUAAAAACAAUUUAUGUUAACAUGUCAUGUCCUGUUUGUCAGUAAAACUGAUACAAAAUAUAAUUAAUUUAUUUUUAUCCAUUAAUUCGUGUUUACUAUUUCCACUACACUUAGCUUUGGAACAUAAGAAUGGCCAGUCUGAGCCAGACCAAAGGUCCAUCUAGCUCAAUAUCCUGUCG